UGUGUGAGGUACGCUACCAGACAAAACACACCACCCCUCUAUGCGUGAGAAACUGUUGAGGAAAGGAAUGGUGGCAAGCCACGCAAACCAAAGCGAGACGGCCAUGGCCGCCGCCCUUCCCUACGAAAUCAUAGAGGAAAUACUUUCAAGACUGCCUGUCAAGUCAUUGGGUCGGUCCAGGUGCGUUUCAAAGCUAUGGCGCUCUCUUAUCUCUGACCCCCACUUCAUCAAAAUGCAUCUUAAACAAAGAUUAACGCACAAAGUCUUUAUGUCGUUUAUCUCUCGGCGUAAGAUCCUGUUUUUUGACUACGAAGCCUUGCUCAAUGGCGAUGAUGACGAAAACUCUGCUAUUAAGAAUCUUCAAUUCCCAGUUGUAAUGGGCGCCAUUCGUUCUGUUAAGCUUCUGGGUUCUUGUAACGGGUUGUUAUGUUUAGGCCUGGGUGAAAGAAACGUCAUCGUAUGGAACCCAUGUAUAGGAGAGUACAAGAAGCUACAAGAACCCGAGGGCGAGGGAGAUGGUUCUUAUGGUUUUGGUUAUGAUUCUUGCAACGAUGAUUACAAGCUAGUUAGAGUCUUUCUUGGAAAUAUUGGAUCUGAUAAGAUGAUCAGCGUGGAUGUUUUCUCGCUGAAAACAAAUUCUUGGAGGAGGGUUUGUUAUGGUGGUCACAGAUUUGAUCUUCUUGAUCGGAUGGGGACCUUCUUCAAUGGGUCUGUUUAUUGGCAAGCAAAACAGGGAGGAGAUACAAAUGCAAUGACGCUGAUCGUUUCCUUUGAUAUAGCGGAGGAGAAAUUUCGCGAGGUGCCAAAGCCUGAUGGGAGAUUCGCUACAGGGCCGAUGCUGGGUAUUCUAGGAGAGUGUCUUUGCGCGUGUCGUUCUGAAUUUGGGAAGGAUGUUGAGCUGUGGGCGAUGAAGGAAGAGGGAGCCGAGGUGUCUUGGAUUAAAUUGGCCGACGUUUCGCAGCGGGCGGAGCCGGAAUAUAUUCGUGACUUUUCAAUACCAUUAUGCUUUGCUAAGAAUGGUGAAGCUUUAGUCCUCCAAGGUGGACUGAAAGUGGAUGCCUACAAUUUGAAGCAAAACCAUUGUAGGAGGAUAUUCAUUUCCCCUUACUACCAUUGUGAAUUUGAUGGGGUUUUGUAUCUGGAGAGUCUUGUUUCGCCAAAUGCUUAUGAUGCUGAUCAUGAAUCAAUUCCAAGAAUUGGGGGGCAAUGAUCAAGAAAAGGUUGAGGAAGUGGAAGAAAGGAGGGAGAGGUUUGACAUCGGUUAGCACUUUAGCAGUGCUUGCAAGAAAGAUGAUGACGAAAAUGCAUAGGAAGAGUUCUACCCUCUUGUUGCUAAAAUUCCAAUGAGUGAUUGUAGAGAUUUCAGCACCCUUGAAGAAUCAUUCUCUGUUUGAAGAAAACCUGCCCUUUCAUAGGCUGGAUAAAGAUUACAUGGGUUUUGGCUAUAGUGUUGAGUGGGUAGUUCUUUUAGAUACCUGGCUUCUUAAAUCUUUUGAUUGCCGACUUUGGUACUUUUAUUUGGUUGUAGUUGAAACCAAUUCUAAUGCUAAAGUUUAUCAUUUCACA